GCGAAGAGCCUUCCCGGCCCGCCGCCGAGCGAGGCCCCUGGGCAGCGGGAGUCUCCCGCGUGCAGCCCCUCACCUGGCUCCGGGCGGGCCUCCGGGGGGAGGAGCCGGAGGCCCGGCGGCCUGGCGCGCCUCAGAGCCGGAGCGGCGGGGACUCCGGGCGCGGGCUGUUUGUGCCACUACAGCGGCCGUCAGUGCGCGCGGGGCAGUUCGAGAUUACAGAGAGAGGGACAGCAUCUUUGAAGAGGUUUCACUGUUGGAAUGCUUCAGAUUAAUACAGCUACAGUUCUGCAGAUUUGUGUGCUGCUAUCUGCACUUCCUGUACAGUAUUUCAUAUCCCAGUGGUAUGGAACGGACUCUGUUCAGCGCCUCCAAGUGACACAAAGGAUAAUUGGCUAUUGGAACAGCUUUAUAAAGCCCUACUUGAGUCUGGAUGCAUGGACAGAUCAUCUAAAGCUGUGGAUAUCAAAGACAAGGAACUGGUACUAUGGAAAAAAGAGAACUCUAGGUGUUGAAGAUGAAGAAGAAAUCCAUGCUUAUUUUGCAGAAUCAACUCACAUUCACAGUCCAAAGCCAGAAUCUGUUCAGUUUAAUGUGGGACAGGUGAUAGUACACAGAAGAUUUGGCUAUUCAGGAGUCAUUGUUGGCUGGGACGUAAAAGCUAGAGCUCCAGAAGAAUGGCUGCAGCACAAAUAUCCUCCAGAUAAACAGGGUCUAAGAGAUACUCCUCACUACCGAAUUCUUAUUAACCAAACCAACAGCUUUGGCAAGUCUACAGCUUAUAUUCCUGAGGAGGAGAUAACAAUUAUUAUGGGAUUAGAGGUAGUAUCUUUCUUUAUACGCAAUCCUGAUCUGACAACUUACUUCAGUAGAUAUGAUGGAUCUAAAUACAUUAUGCAACCGUGGUUGAGAAAAAUCUACCCUCAUGACUGAAGUAUUUAACAUUAUACGUAAAUUGUGCAUCUGAUGUACAACUGCACAGUACAUUCCUUUUUUAAACUGGGACAAAUGGAAACCAGGGGCUGCUCUUCUCCUCUCUGCAGUGGUGAUUCAAAGCUGCAGUGCAGCUCAUGCUGGCCACGCCCCCUUUUGUGACUCACCACUUUCUGCCAGGUGAGUCAUUCCAAAGCUGUGUGAAAAACUUAGAGAAAAAUAUUUAUAAGCAUAACAUCAAUGACAAAUGCAUUAACUGUACACCAGGCCAACUCCCUUCAUGGUAAAUAUGCAAAUAAAAGGCUGAUCCUUAGCAGAAAGGCACCAAGGUGGGUAGAACUGUGGGAGGUGCUGCUAGCAGAAAAGGAAUUAUUGUAAGAAAUUUUUCAUUCUGCAGCCCAGUGUCUCCCGCAAUUUUGUUACACGUGAGAAGUAGUGAGCAGUGUACAGGAGUGGGGAGAGACAAGAAAAGGUAAAUAGAAAAAGAGUUAAAUAGACCUCCUCCCCCUUGAGGAUUGACCAAAGGCAAGGCCGCUACUGGACCACUGCGUGGAGCAUCUUUCUGCCAAAGGAGGCUUUUGCAGAGGACAGAAAGUUAACCAGCUGUUAACCAAUUACCAUGUGGCUGCGCUGCAUAUGUGGUAGAGGCACAUGCUCAUUCGGCCCACAAGGUUGCCAUGGAUCUCGUGGAGUGUGCCUGGAUAGCUUCUGAAAGAGAAGUGCCUGACACUUUUUGUAAGCUUCAACAAUGCACAGUCUGAUCCAUCUAACCAGAGACAGCCUAGAGAUUCUGAGCCUUUGACAUUUCGGGUGAAAGAAGGCAAACAGGGCCUGAUAUUUCGGGUGAAAGAAGGCAAACAGAGCCUGACCUUGUGGAUUCUGUGCACCUGAUGUAGAUUUCAGUGCUUUUCUGACAUCUAAAUUGUGCCCCAGCUUCUUGGGUGGGUGCUGUGGCUUUGAGCAGAAGGAAGGAAGGAUAGUCUCCUGCAAGCUACGGAAAGCAGACUUCACGCUGGGGAGAAACAACAGCAGUUCUCAGUACCUUCUUGUCUUCAUGGAACACUCAGUGGGGUCCUUGCAUAAAUAGGACUGCCAGAUCUGAAAUUUGCCCAAGAGACAUGAUGGCAACCAGAAAACAGAUUUUGAUGGAGAGACAAAAUGCUGAUAUACAAGUCAGGGGCUUGAAAGGGUGAGUGGCUAGGGCCUUCAACACCAGUGGUGGGACCCAUUUAGGGAAGACUGGUCUGACUGCCAGUUUGACUGCUCUGACAAAUCUGACUACCUUGGGAUUACGUACUAAAGAACCUGAGGAUCCUGUGAAUAGAAUGCUACCAGUGGCAAAUACCUGGCGUGCUAUGGUGCUGGACUGAAGACCUUCAUCCAUACCUUCUUUGAAAGAGUCCAGGAUAGCUGGAAUUCCAGAUCUCUUGAAUUAGCAUUGCUCUCCUGGCAUCAAAUACUGAACCUGGUCCAGAUGGAGGAAUAAGCUUUUAUCAUGGAGACGCUCCUGGACUCAUACAAAGUCCUGAUCACUUUGGAAGAUAGGCCUAGUGCUAUUAACAUUUCCCUUUCAAUAACCAGGCUCUCAGCUGAAGAUGGUCUGGGUCUGGGUGGAGGAAAGGGUCUUCGGCAAGGAUGUCCAGUCUGGGUGGCAGCUGUAAUGGUGGUUGCAGUUUCAGCUCUAUCAGAUCAGAGAACCAGGGCUUCCUUGGCCAAUACAGAAUUAUCACUUUACUUGUUUCUGCUUUAUCUUUUAAAUUAUUUUUCUUAUGAGAGGGAAGGGCAGGAAUGCAUAUCACAAGCUUUCUGGCACCUGUGUGACAGGACUCUGUUCCCAGGGACUUGGGAUCUGAUUCCCUGGUAAAGUAUUUCAGCUGCUGGUGUUUUUGUAACUUGCAAACAGAUCAACCAAGAGGAAACCAAGCAUCUUUAAGAUCAGAGUGAAGACUUCCUGGUUCAGGCACUAUUCUGUUGACUGUGCAAUGGCUGAGCCAGUCUGCUUUCUGAUUCAACUUCCCUUUUAUGUGUAUCACCUGGGGAGAGAGAUUCUUUUCUGCCCAUUUUGUUAUCUCCUAUAGUUUAUUUGUAGUCUCUGAUAGUACAGAAGCCAUUAUACACCCACUUGUGCAGGAUAGAAAUGAGAUGAGAAAGUUACCUUAUGCAGUAACAUAGGUUCUUCAAGAUGUGUGUCCCUGUGGGUGCUCCACUUUAGGUGUUUGUGUGCCCCUGCGCUCAUAAUUGGAGAUUUAUGGUAGUAGUUCCCGGUUGGGUCACACAUGUGUGACCCCCAUCUCGCACCACUUCAGGUAGUUAUCUGGCACUGUGCGACCAACCCCCCCUCUGUUCCUUCUCUACUGCAGACCAUUAGUGCGAAACUCUGAAGUAGAAGGGAGGAGGAAGGAUAGUGGAGCACCCACAGGGGGACACACAUCUCAACUGUUUAACAAAAUGUUAUGUACGUUUGUGGAGCAUGUCAUUUUAGAUCCUGGGAGCCAUGAAGUAACCACGUUUUGAGUUGGAGUCUUUGAGGAUCCGGAUGGAGGAUGUGUCCUGUGUCCUCAGACAGAAGCUGAGACAGAAGCGGGAGUGUGCGUGGUGGACACACCGCCAUCUGUAGAAGGAGGAGCCACUUUGCAGCCACUGCUGGUUGCACCAUAGAUGCUGAAAUGAAUGACCACUCCUUCCUUCCUGAACAUGGAAAAACAACCUAAAACAAAAUGUGAAAGCUCAAGCCAAGGUGAAGAGCAACCAAUUAUGAAAAAGGAAAUGUCCGAAGGUAGUCAAGUUUUGCUCCACUUCACUUUGGUUCUUACUGAAAAGGAAACAACCCAUUUUACUCAGCAUGAAAGCAUGGCGAUUCGCAGGUGAGUGCAGAUUUCAUCAGCAGAGGUGACCAUGAUGGAGUCCCA